AUGGCUAUGAGGAACCUCAUCUCUUGGAACGUGUUGAUUGUGGGCAUGUCUGCAACAAGCUGUACUGUGACGCAAAUCGUGAUGGAAGCUUUUCGCUUGUUGUUGAAUGAUGAUGGGCUCUUGAUCCCUAAUCAAGUGAGCUUGUCCAGCGUGCUGAGUACAUGCUCAACUGUGUGUAGCAUCGGAUUUGGGAGAGUGGUGCACGACUUGGCAGUUAAGCUUGCAGUGGAGUCGUCUUUGGCCUAUGUGAGGAACUCGCUCAUUGACAUGUACUACAAAUGUGGGUGCUUGGAAAAAGCUGUGAAGGUGUUCGACAGAUGCUCUGAUAGAGAUGUUGUGACUUGGAAUGUUAUGAUGAUGGGUUGGUUUGAAAGUGAUUGCCCCAAAGAUGUUUGUGCUUGCAAUCAUAAUGAGCUUGUCCACCAGGGAUGCAAGUACUAUACUUGCAUGGUAGACUUGCUUGGACGAGCUGGCCACUUGGAUGAAGCAAUGCAAUUCAUUGAUGCAAUGCCAAUACAUCCUGAUUCAUCUGUGUGA